CGAGACUAUGCGAGACGUUGAACCAAAACAUUGAUUCAUAGCAACGCAACACCAAAGGCUGCUGUAGUAAUAUUCCGGUUCAUUACCAGAUAACACACAAUGGAUACAGAAUACCUAAAGAAACAUCUAGGCUUAACAUUAACACAAGCAUUGGCUGAAACUGCUGAGAAGAGGCCGUUAGACCCAAUUGAAUAUAUAGCACAAUGGCUCUAUAAAUACAAAGAAAAUGAACAUUAUCAUCAAAUGAAAGAUGAAGAGGCAAAGCAAUUGGACAUUCAGCGAGAAGAGGCAGAGCAAGAAAAAAUAAAGCAAGAGCAAAUGAAGGAAGAAGCAGAAAAAAUAGCAAAGCUAGAAGAGGAGAGAAGAGAAAAAGAGGCACGGGCAUUGGCUGAGGAUGAAGAAAUGUUAAAAGAUAAAUCAAACUUACCUGGUGCCCCAAGUUUAGCACCUGUGGCAGAAGGAGAUGAACCCCCAGAUGAUGGCACUAAGAAAGAGGGUGAGGCAGAAGGAGAAGAGGCGAAAGCGGAGGGGGAAGCCGAGGAGGGUGAAGGAGAGAAAACAGAGGGUGCUGAGGGUGAAACAAAAACAGAAGAAACAAAAACAGAAGAGGAGGCAAAAGAGGGAGAAGGGGAAGAAGGUGAGGCUAAAAAGGAUGGUCAGUCUGCACCUCAAAGCCCCGAACAUGUCGCAGACACCCCUUCAGAACAACCAACAGAUACCGGUACUCCAGCUGAUCCACCCACAGAAGAACCCUCAGAGCCCGAGAAAACUGAAGAAGCUACCAGUUAAACCACUCACUCUAUACAAAAUUUCGCAAUUUGCUUGGAGAGUGUCAGAGUGUGUUGAAAAAAAGCUGGUAGCUUCUACAUAAAUUCUACCCUUUACAUGCACUACCAUUCUAUUCCAUUGCCUAUAACUUUCUUCUGCAUCUAUAUAGCCACUCCAGGUAGACUUUCCUAUUUUCUCCUCACUAGAGUAGACACCUAGCGUGAUAACCACUAAUAAUUCACAUGCAUAUUUGAUAAUUAUUUCACCUGCUUUUUAUAGUCACUAACUGAUAACAUGCUUUUAUAUUUAACACUCACAGCGACCGAAGAAGAAUAGAGAAGAGUCUGUAAAAUAACUGGACUGUAGUGCACAGAUCUUUCACCAUAUUAACAUUAGUCACUCAUGGUGGAUGCUUUAAAUAUCAUAGCAGUUGUGUUAAGGUGUCAUAACAUUUUGGUGAAGGAGUCCAUGCUAUUUUGAAGAACAGCUUUUAGAAUGUUCCAAAUCAUUUCUAAAAAGUCUUCAAGCAGCUAGCACCAGCAUACAUCAUCCCAUGUUUUGAAAUUAUCAUUAUUAUGAUUUUAAGUCAAUCUUAGAAGGCAACUGAUUGACAUUGUACAGAUUAAUUUUUUUUUUAAUUUGUUAAAAUUUUUUUUCAUUUCCGUUGUGAUGUACUUUUCUUACUUUGUGAAGUAUGAAUACAUUAUUUUAUUGAAGAAUA